AUGUGGGCAGGGCUGGGGCUCGUUCUGGCUCUCUCUCUCCUCCCAGGAGGAGGGACAGAGAUCCAGAACUGCAAGGAGCCCCCAGAAUGGCGUAUUGGGGAGGAGAACCCCAUGCUGAACUCUCGGGGUUCAGUGACAGUGGUGGCUCUCCUCCAAGCUAGCUGAUACUUGUGCCUGAUGCAGGCUUCCAGACUGGAGGAACUGCGAGUGAAAUUAGAGAAUGAAGGCCUGGUCAACAUCUCGUAUGUGAUUGUCAACCAUCAGGAAACUCCUUCCCAGAGGAAAGUUCACCUAUUGAAAGAAAGUGUUUCAGACUACAUUACUGUUUACCAGCAGGAUGAGCAGCAACCUGAUGUCUGGACUACCUUAAAUGGAAACAAAGAUGACUUUCUCAUCUAUGACAGAUGUGGCCGUUUGGUGUAUCAUCUGGGUCUGCCCUAUUCCUUCCUGACUUUCCAAUAUGUAGAAGAUUCUAUUAAGGUUGCUUACUGUGAAAACAAGUGUGGAAACUGCUCUUACAUGGAACCUGACAUUGAUGAUAUAUGUGAAAACAUCACUAAAAAAGCAGAUGAAAAGCUAGCAGAGCUCGAACCCAGUCCAACUGGUCAACAUUCCCACCAGCAGAACUGGAACAGACACAGGCACCACCAUGGCAAGGGCAGUCAUCAUUCCAAAACCGAGAACCAUCAGGCACCUUCUGGAGCUCACAGACACCCUCACAGCGGUCGGCACCACAGGGUCUUUGGCCAGAGCAGGCAUGAUCAGACAGGUAGUCAUGAAGAGGUAGAUGCUGUUCCUCCAGGAGGAAGUGUGGAAAUUACACAAGAGAAAAAGCUAUGAAAAAAAGGGAAAGCCAACUGUAAAAACCAGUUAACUUGAAAUUGGCCGACAGCAUCAGACACAACUUCUAGUAGCUGAUGCUGACACUGUCGACACCUUUUGUUUGAAGAGCUAGGAAAUUCUGUCACUUGACAGUGUCGUGGAGCACUUCCAAAUUCUUGCAGGUGACACGGACAGCUGUCAGCAGAGGACAUCACUGAAUCUUGACAGUGACGUCUGCUCACUGCUGCCUGACAGUCAUCAGCAGCAAGAGCAAGUGAAACCAGUGACACCUGAGAGUGACAGGAAGAGGCAAGGAACUGAGCCUGAAAAACAAACUAA